AUGUUGGUAAUGAACUGUUGGCUGAUGUUUGAGGAAUUCAUCCACCCUGUAGUAAUUAGGUGCUACUGUGACCUUAGUUUUGCCCACCACCUGAUGUAUUCUUCACCUGUUACAUUAUACACAAUUGAAUACAUGCUGUCUGGAUACCUUACCAAUAUAAUUAGAACAAUGACAAUGCAUUGUGUUAACUGUUUAUUUACUGGCAACCACUUUAUUCAUAGUAGAAAUGUUGCAGGGAAAAUUGCUGAGGGUGUGACGUUCCAGAGGAUUUUGGAUGAUGUGAGAGAUUACAUACAUUGUGAGGAGGUUGAGAGACUGCACCUCCUUACUCGGAAGGAUCUUCACAAUAUCAAAAGGGAAUUUCUAAUUGAUCCUCACCAGUACCAUUCUAGUGAUGAAAUUAGUGUGAGUAUUUUUUUAGAAAGAAUGAAAGACUGUGUUCUGAUGCACAAACAAACUGGUCAAAACAUGGGAAAUUUAUCGAGUGAAGACACAAUGAUAAAGUUAAUGACAUCAUUCCAAAGUGAAUUGCUUAGAAAAUUCGGUUCCAAUAUUGUUUGUGUAGACUCGACACAUUGCACAAACGUGUACAAAUUAUUAGUGACAACAUCGCUAGUUAUAGAUGAAUUUGGGAGUGGGAGAAAGCAGGAGUUAUCAAAUCAACUGUGUUUGUCAGACGACACAAAUGUUUUUCGAUGUGCUUGGGCAGGUGUAAUGGGUCUGGCAGAACACAAUUUGCUAUGUACGUGGCAUAUUGACCGCAGCUGGAGAAGCAACUUGAGGAAAGUGCAUGGUGGCCCAAACAAGCAAACGCAGGUUUACAAAGCUUUGCGUAUGCUGUUAGAAGAAGCAGAUAUAGAAAAGUUCAGUGAGUUGCUAGAGUUGUUUGAGAGGGAGCUACAAGAGGACGAAGACACAAGAGAAUUUGGAAUGUAUUUCACAAAUCAUUACGGAUUCAGGCCCCAACAUUGGGCGUAUUGUUAUCGGCGUAAUUUAAACAUAAACACAAACAUGCAUCUGGAAGCCAUGCAUAGAGUAUUAAAGUACUGCUACCUUGAUGGCAAGACCAAUAAUAGACUGGACAAGUUGCUGCUGGUACAAAUGAAAUUAGUAAGAGACAAAUCUUUUGAAAGAAUUAUUAAGCUCUACAAGGGUGGACAUACUCAUCGAAUAGAGAAAAUUCAAGAACGGCAUAGAGAAUCCAAAAAAAUUGACAGAGGCCAAAUCACGGCCAAUAGUGAUGGCAAACGAUUUUAUGUGAAAUCUCAAUCAACAAGUGGCAUCACAUACACUGUUACUUUAAAAGCACUAGAAUGCAACCUCAGUUGCAGACUUUUGUGUUGCACUUGUAAUAUUUGCAUUCACAGUUUCUCUUGCUGUUGUCCAGACAAUUUAAUAAAUCUGAACAUUUGUAAACACAUUCAUGCUGUAUCAAUGACAUAUGACUUACAUUUCAGUAAAACAGUCAAAGAUAAAGAAACCACUUCGAUACAACAGGCAUCUGCUAUUUUGUCCUCAAUGAAAAAGCAAAAUGAUGAGGCAACUGCUUCACGGGGAACACAGUUGAAAGCUAAAUUAAAAGUCCUGCUAAACCAUGUAGAUUCAUUAGAUACUGAAACGGAAGAGACAGUGGAAAAAGCAGUUGACCAUUUGCUGUCACUUGUUAACUCUCGCUCCAAGAAAGAAGGUCCACACUGUGCCAGCAAUGAGAAGUUGCAAGUGCAACACACAUCUAAUAAACAGAACUUCAGUCCAAAAAGUUUGUUUGGUAAACCAACCCUGGCUGAAAAGUCGAAUGUUGCAAGUGCUUUGGUGCAACCUGACAGUGAAGUGUUGAGUGUGCAUGUUGGCUUUGAUCACACAUACUCUAAAAAUUAA